AUGCUUACAUCGUAUGAGAUGGACAUGACAAGUCGAGGGGUUUGUUUAGCAUUGCCUCCAUCUGAGAGAGAUUCGCCUGGUGAGAGAGGGUCACCUGUUAUGUCCCUAGCACCAGACAGGGAUCCUCAGAGGCAUAGAGAGCUGCUACGUGAGAAUUUACCAAACUCAGGAGGGUCAUCAGUGCUUUCAGUAACUGAUAAGGAUUUGUGCAGCCAGGAGGCAUCCCUUGUUUUACCUCCAACUGCUGAGAAGGAUUUACAGGAGGAGAUAUUACCCACUAUACCUCGUGCAUUAGAGAGAAAGCUAUCAGGCCAAGAGAUAUCGCUAGCCACAUCCCACACAUCUGAAGGCUUGUAUGUACCUGAACCAUCUCAGUGGAGUGAAACUCCAACCCUAACAUCUCAGAGGAAUGAAAUUAUCUCUCGAACUUCUCAGAGGAUCUGUUUACCUACUUCUCCGAGGAGCAACAAUGUUGCCCCUUCUUCUAAGAGGACUGAUGAUGGUGCAAUAGAUUUAACUUCUGAGUGUCUAUACUUGCCAACACCUGGUGAGAAUGAUAAUAUGGGUCCAUCAUUGCACAAAGAUGGCAGUCUGACUCCAACCUCACGGAGGACUGACCCUGCUGUACGUCCUGCUUCUGAAAGGCUAUAUGAUAUUAUAACUUCUCACUUCAGUGACGGUGUGGCCCAGUCAUUUGGAAGGAACGAUCACAUGUUUCCAAUUUCUGAAAGGGUUUACAGCACUACAACAUCUCAAAGGACAGACAAUAUGAUGCCAGCUUCUCAACGAGCUAAUGCUAUUCCGCCAACCACAGAAACUAUGUAUAUGCCUCCAAUUGUUCAGAAAAAUAAUGGAGCACAGCGAACAUCAGAGAGGCCAUAUAUGCCUCCAUCCGAAAGGAUGUAUUCUGAGAGCACAUUAAUUUCAAUAGAUGGCUUUUCCGGCCAAGGGGCUCCAAUGACUUUAGCUGCAUCCCAGAGGAUAUAG